AUGUCAAAGAACAAUCCAGACCCGAGUAUUACCACAGAAGUCGAACUGGGCAAGACGGAUACCUCGCAUGUUGAAUUUCCCAUCAACUCGAACCUCGAUGAGAAACAACGUCGCAAGCUGAAAUGGAAGCUCGACUGGUUCAUCUUGCCGCUCAUUUCAGCCGUCUACUUCUUUGGCUCUAUGGAUCGCUCUGAUUUGGCAAAUGCUCUAAUUGCCGGCUUGGAAGACGAACUACAGCUUACACCACAAGAUUACUCAAAUGCUUCCUCCAUGUUUUUGGUGUCUUAUGUUGUGUUCCAGCUACCGGGAACGUUGUUGAUCAAGAAAAUACGAGCACCAGUACAGUUUUGCGGCGCAAUGAUACUUUGGGGUUUAUUCACAGUUCUCACGGUUCUAGUCAAAACCAGCGGUCAAUUGAUAGCCAUGCGAUUCCUCAUCGGAGCUGCAGAAGCCUUUGUACAAGGCGGUGCAUUCUAUCUUUCAUUUUGGUACGAAUACCACGAGCUUGCCACCCGGAGCGCAGUUUUCUUUUCGACCUCAACCCUCGCUGGUGCCUUCAAUGGAUUACUUGCCUACGGAAUCAGCAAGAACUUGGACGGAACAAAUGGAUGGAGAGCUUGGAAAUGGAUCUUUUUGAUUGAAGGAGUCCUGCCGAUCGGGUUCGCCUUUGUCGUUCUCUUCCUUCUUCCAGCUUCGCCUUCAGAAGUUCGCUACGGCUUCAGUGAGGUGGAGAAAGAAGAGUUGGUUCAAAGAAGCGAGCGAGCCCACAACUCAUCCGAAGCGCGCCUCCAACCAAAGAAAAUCUUGAAGCUAUUGAUGAGCAUUCACUUUUGGCUAUUUACUGCUUUAUACUGCGUUUCUCUUUUCACAAUAUCCUCCUUGUCCAACUUCCUACCUGCACUUGUUCGUGGCUUCGGAUACAGCUCAAUCGGAGCUCAAUUGUUCACAGUGAUUGUAUACGUCUGCGCUUGCUUGGGCAUUCUAUUCUUCUCCAGGAUUGCAGAUAAGACAAAUGCCCGCGGCCUCACGGUUGCAAUCUCCUCGAUCGGGGGGAUUGUAGGGUAUGCAAUGCUGAUUGGACUCGAAAAUCGUGAUGCUAGAUUUGCCGCCACUUGCCUAGUGGCAUUUUGCAUGUUUUCCAAAGUCGUUUUAGUUCUGUCCUGGGCGGCCAUGAACUUUAUCGGUUAUACAAGAAGAGGUGCCGCUUUAGCUUUGUUCAACAUGUUUGCACAGUCGUUCUCGAUAGCAGGCAACCAACUUUACACCGACCCACCGUACUACAAAAAGGGAAAUGCAGCGUCAUUGGGAAUGUCAAUUGCAGUGGUCGUGAUAUCUCUAAUUCUUCGAUGGUAUCUUGGGUAUAUGAAUGACAAGAAGAAGCGCGUACAAUUCUUGGAGGAGAGCUCUGCUUCCAGGCAACAAAGUCUAGAAGAGAUUGGAGACACACAUCCAGACUUCUUUUAUACGACAUGA